CUGGCUACGCUGAAUGUAUGUGGAGCAAUGAAUGAUAAGAUGGAUGAAGUAUGCGAAAUGAUGAAUGAUAGAGGAAUAGAUGUGUUAUGUGUAAACGAGACGAAACGAAAGGGAAGAGAUGUCACUGCACAUGGCAUGUAUACCGCUUACUGGUCUGGAGUAGAGGAGACCGAGCGGGCAUGCCAGGGAGUCGGUGUCAUCCUUUCAGAAAGAAUGGGUCAAUGUGUGAAAGAGUAUGAAUGUGUUAGCCCAAGGCUGCUGUGGAUACGAAUGAAAGUGGGCUUAAAGAAGUUGUUUGUGCUAGGGGUGUACGCCCCAGAUAUGUCUAAGCCCACUUAUAUCCGAGAGCAGUUUUGGGACAUGGUAAGGCUGGUGUUGAUGAAAUGUAAGGAAAAUGAAAAUAUUAUUAUGUUAGGAGAUUUUAAUGGAAGGGUGGGGGUGAAGAGGUCUGGUUAUGAAAGGAUAUUAGGAACGUUUGGCGAUGAAAGAAUAAAUGAGAAUGGUGAAGACCUCCUCACCGUAUGUGUGGAAAAGAAUCUUUUUGUGGCGAACACUUUCUUUCGCCAUAAGAGGAUUCACAUGUAUACAUGGGAAAGAGGGGAUGAUAGAAGCAUGAUAGAUUUUAUAAUUGUGGAUGAAAGAAUGAGGAGCGCAGUGGUAGAUACAAGGGUUUACCGGGGGUCCAACGUAGGGACGGAUCAUUACUUGGUCUUAUGCCGAAUUAAUGGUCUAUUCAGACGUUGGCGGCAUCGGACAUCGGUGUCUGCCACUGCGUUACAGCGUAUAAGAAUAGAGAGGUUACAAGAUGAAGGUGUGAAAGAGAAGUAUAAAUGCAGACUGAGGGAAAAUAUAAGUGGGUUGAAUGAAUUAUGUAUGAAUGAUUUAGAAUUGAAGAAUGUAUGGAAUAAUAUUAAGAGAGUUCUGGUGGAUGCAGCCACCGAAGUAUGCGGUGUAAGUAAGAGAACGAAUGAAAGGAAAAGUAAUACGUUGUGGUGGGAUGAUGAGGUACGGAUGGAAGUUGAAGCAAAGAAGAGAGCAUGGCUAGAUUUACUAGCAACUAAAGCUGGUAAUUCUGGCGGUAUGAAUGAUGAGAUUGAAAGAAAAAAGGCAAACUUUAGACGUAUAAAUAAGAGAGUAAAAGAAGUUGUUGAAAGGAAAAAGCAAGAAAGGAUAGAUAAAAAUGAUAGAAGGAUAUCUGAUAACUUCCAGGAAAAUAUUAAAAUGUUCUGGAAGCUCGUAAGAACUGCCAGGGGAAAUUCAAAACAGCCUAGAAUGAAUGCUAUACGAGACGAGAAUGGCUGCAUGCUGAAUGAUGAAGUUUCGAAUUUAAAGAGAUGGAAGGAAUACUUUGAAAGCGUGUUUAAGAGUGAAGAGUCGUCUGAAAUAAGUGAAAUAGAAAUUCCGGAAGAAGUGGAGAGAGGUAGGGAGAUAAGUGUAGAUGAAAUAAUGAAAGCAAUGAAAAGCAUGAAAGCAGGUAAGGCAGCCGGAUAUGAUAGAGUAUCACUCGAAAUGCUAAGGGCUGGUGAGGGUGUGGUUGCAGGCCUGCUGCACACCUUGUUUAAUUUAUGUUGGGAACUGAAACGGGUACCGGAAGACUGGUGCAAAGCCGUUAUAGUCCCAAUAUAUAAGGGAAAGGGGUCGCAGCAGGACUGUAAAAACUACCGUGGUAUCAGCUUGCUUAGCAUUGUGGGUAAACUGUAUGCUAAGGUAUUAAUUGAAAGAGUUAUGGAAGAAACUGAUGGAAAAAUUUGGGAUGUGCAAGCUGGAUUUAGAAAGGGGAUGGGGUGUACGGAUCAAGUCUUUUCCAUGCGCAUGAUAGCCGAGAAGUUUUUGGCUAAAAACCAGAAAGUUUUUUGUGCGUUCUUGGACUUGGAAAAGGCUUAUGACAGAGUGGACAGGAACGUGUUAUGGCAAACACUGAACUCAUUUGGGUUGAGCGCUGGCUUGAUACAGGCAUUAAGGUCUCUUUAUAGGGACUCUAGUGCUUGUGUCAGGAUCAACGGGGUCUACUCGGACUGGUUUGGCAUUCAUAAAGGUGUCAGACAGGGAUGUGUGGCUUCCCCGUGGCUGUUUAACCUAUUUAUGGACAGUUGUUUGCAAACUUUGAAAGUUGAAGAAUGUGGGUUGAGAAUGGGUGAAUCAACCGUCAAAUGCCUUUUGUACGCCGAUGAUCAAGUCAUAUUUGCAUCGUCGGCGGCCGAGUUGCAAAUGAUGGUUACUUUAAUGAAUUGUUCAUUGAAAGAAAGGGGUAUGAAAGUGAACGCAAGUAAGACGAAAGUGAUGGUUUUUGAAAGAGAAGAAAGUAAAACUUUAUGUAAAAUAAGAAUAGAAGGGGAGUUGAUUGAGCAAGUGGAUGAGUUUGUAUAUUUGGGAUGUUUAUUUAGCAGGGAUGGUAGAUAUGAUAAGGAUAUAGAACGACGAGUGAACGCAGGAAAUAGAGUGAAUGGGGCUCUACACGCUAUUGUGAGGAGUCAGAAUGUGUCAACUAAGGCACGUAUGGCAAUUCAUAAUGCUGUGUUAGUACCCACUUUAAUGUAUGGUAGUGAAAGUUGGGUCUGGCAGAAGAAGCAUGAGAGUAGAAUAAAUGCUGUAGAAAUGCGUUCCUUAAGGAGUAUGCUAGGGCUGAAUCUGAAUGACAGGGUGAGAAAUAGUGUAAUAAGAGAAAAGUGUGGUUUGCAAGAUGACGUUGUGACAAGGAUUAAGAAAGGAAUGCUUCGGUGGUUUGGUCACGUAGAAAGAAUGAACGAGGAAAGAAAAUGGAGUAAAAUUGUGACACGAUGGUACCCUAGAGAAGGAAAAAGAAAAAUAGGUAGACCACAAAAAAGGUGGGAUGACGAUAUCAGACAAGUGGGAAGAGUGAUGUGGAACAGAGUGGCUCAAGAAAGUGAUGAAUGGAAAAGGUUGGAUGAAGUCUUUGCCGACUGGCAAACAGAUCUGCAGACAAUAAGCAAGAACCAGAUACUAGACUAA